AUGGGCGAAUGGAGCAAUGGAAUCUGUGGCUGCUUCAGCAACAUUGGCAUGUGUAUCUUCACCUAUGUGGUACCAUGCUACACCCAAGGAAAACUAGCAGAAUCUCUGGGCGAUGACUGCCUGCUCUGUGGUAUUUCUCUGCUGGUACCCAUCGUCAACAUCUAUGCCCGUGUCACCACCCGCGGGAAAGUUCGUGAAAACAAGGGCAUAGAAGGAGGCAUUAUUGGCGAUCUGCUCUGUGUCUGCUGCUGCCCAUUCUGUGCUAUCAUGCAGGAAGCCUUGGAGAUGUCCGUGUCUACUCCUCUAGGUGCUGGCGAAUCCAUUGCCCGUUCAUAA